UCCCAUCUCUUUCUCUUCAAUCAACAACUUACUCUCUCUUCCGAGAUGGACUCGUGGACCGCAGAGCAGAACAAGCACUUCGAGCAAGUGCUCGCGGUGUAUGAUAAGGACACCCCUGACAGAUGGCAGAAUGUUGCCCGUGAAAUUGGAAAAUCGGUUGAGGAUGUCAAGAGACAGUAUAGACUCCUUCAGGAGGACAUCAAGUAUAUUGAGUCUGCCAACUUCCCUUCCUUUGGUGCAUGUGCACGUGCACGAGAUGAGGAGCAGAGGUUGAGGUAUCUAAGGAUAUAAUCAAGCAGAAGACAAUAAAAGGAUGGUAGCUUAUGAAGAAGAUGCAUAUAAUUAGUAGCGCUUUCAAAUGAGGCCUUAGCUUUUCCUUCUAUUUCUUUCUCUUGUCACUCGCUCGUAAUAUAUGUAUAUGGAACUACUUAAUCAAUGUAUUAUGGUUGG